CUUGACCAGUAAGUAGUAAAGAAACAUUCUUCCAUUGUGCCCCCGGUAGCAGAGCAAUAAUGGAUGGGAUUCCAAAGAGGAAAGGGACGUAGCGUCGGCGACUUCCCCUCCGCCUCCACCUGUUCGAUGCUCUUCUCCAAUUUCGCUUUCCCGUUCAUUCAGGGUGGCGGCUGAGUCCUUGGCAGCUGUCUACCGGUACGCGCUGCCGUCGGUGAUCCAGUCCGCUUCUGCAGGAUUGGUUGGCAGGGAGCUUUAUUUAAUUUUAGAAGACUGGUGAUCUUGAACUGUUUCAUUCCUUGGUUCGAUGGGAUUUCGAAGCUUCACUGCUGGAAUUUGAUUCACAAGGUGCUUUGCACUCUGGGAAGUAAUGGAAGAAGAGGGAAGCUCUUGGUUGAGGAGGGCAAAUUUCUCUCACACUGUUUUCCACAGGUUAGGUUCAGCUCACUUGUCUUCAGUCCCCUUGUUUGUGCAUCCUGAAAACCAUCCGGAAUCGAAGCCAAAAAGGACUGCUGAAGCAUUACAGUUGGCAUCACUCUCAUUACCUGUUCGUCGAGGCACUGGACCAAAAGCAGCAAGCUCAUUGUCUCAUUCAACUAGUUUGCCAUCAUUGCAGUCAUUGCUGCAUGGUGGCCGUGAUCUAGAACUUAAACCAGAAGUGUCAAAUUCAAUUCCUGGAGCUUCAGAUUCUCCGCGAAAAAUUUAUAAGCAUUCUAGUUUCAAGUCAAAGGGGAUAAGUAAUUUACAGUCUUCUGGCCUCUCUUUUACUAAGAACUUAACUGCAGGAUCUUCUGUGCCUAUUUCUUCUCAUGGUAAAGGUCCUAGAUUGAUGCCAGGGGACUCAAACCGCAGCAUGAAUAAACCUUCAGUUGGGUUUCACCUGAAUUCUGAUUCUCAGAGUUAUACCCAAUUUUCUUUUAGGCAAGGGCAGAAUUCUAAACCGAAGCAAAGGUCUGCUUCUCCUCUUCCGACAACCUACCUUUCGGAUGCCUUCAAGGAAGCAAUGGCUAACAAGAAACGGUUCUCAACCCCACCACCUAGGAGGAAAGGGUCAGAUAAGAAUGUCUUAAGCAAAUUGUUUUCCAAAGAAGGCCAUUCUGGGGUUUAUUCACCAAGGCAUGCAAAAGACCAUAUGCACAUCUCCCCGAGAAAUGGGACAGAUAUGCAUAAUAGGAGCCGCGGGAAUGCUUCAUGGACUAGCUACUUUGAACAUGGUGUUAGGAAGGUAAAUGCUAUAGAAACUUCUGAAGAAUGGAUGGUUGAUUUAUCCCAAUUGUACCUUGGGGUUAGGUUUGCUUCAGGAGCUCAUAGCAAGUUAUAUCAUGGUGUCUAUAAAAAUCAGCCUGUUGCAGUAAAGAUCAUUAGACAACCUGAUGGCGAUGAUGACGAAAAUGGCCUCAUGGCUGCUCGUUUGGAGAAACAGUUCACAAGGGAAGUCACACUUCUUGCCCAUCUUUAUCAUCGGAAUGUGAUAAAGUUGAUAGCAGCAAGUAAAAAGCCACCAGUCUUUUGCAUUAUUACUGAAUAUCUCUCAGGAGGGUCCUUGAGAGCUUUUCUACACAAGCUCGAACAAAAACCUCUCCCUCUGCAGAAACUCAUUGCAUUUGCACUGGAUAUUGCCAGGGGAAUGGAAUAUAUCCACUCACAAGGAGUUAUUCAUCGGGAUUUGAAACCCGAGAACAUUCUUUUUGAUCAAGAUUAUUGUGUAAAAAUUGCAGACUUUGGAAUAGCCUGUGAGGUAGCAUACUGUGAUACUUUGGCCCAGGAUCCUGGAACAUUUCGAUGGAUGGCACCAGAGAUGAUCAAACACAAGCCUUACGGGCCAAAGGUCGAUGUUUACAGUUUUGGACUAGUCCUGUGGGAGAUGCUGACUGGAAGGGUCCCUUAUGAAGAAAUGACUCCUAUUCAGGCUGCUUUUGCAGUCGUCCAUAAGAACUUGAGACCUGUCGUGCCGCCCGAAUGCCCUGCGGCCUUACGAGCAUUGAUCGAGCAAUGCUGGACACUCCAUUCAGACAAGAGACCUGAUUUCUGGCAGAUUGUGAAGGUCUUAGAACAGUUUGAAUCUGCUUUCGCCCAAAAUGGCACACUUGACACCGCCGCAAACAUGAAUUCCCAAGAUCACAGGAACCGACUUCUUCAAUGGAUUCAAAAGCUCAAGCCAACACAUGCCAAUGACUCGACUACUCCGACGACUCCCAAACUUCUGCAUUCGAUGCCGAAACUUUUGUAGCACUGUCUGUCUCUGAUUCUUGAAGUCGCUUUGCUUUGUAAUUGUUUUGCUUAAAGCUAGUAGGAACUGAUAAGCUAUCCUUUUCCUCUUAUUCAA